CAUGGCUUCGUUUGCAAUAAGCAGCUGCGUUAGAAGCGGGAGGGCGGCUUUGUUGCUUCCAAGGUGUCUGCUAAGAUUGAGGGGCUUUUGCGAAGGCCCGGGUGCAGAAGAAACCAAAACUGAUGUUCCAAAGCCUUGUUUCAUGGAUGAAAAAGUUCAGAACUUGCUUUCCAAGAUGACAGGGAUGGAUUUGCAGAAGAUUUUCAAGGCAAGAAAACAAGAGCUUAAUCCUCCUGUAUACAAGGUCAUGACAGAAUCCCAGCUGGAAGAGGCUUCAGAACAAGCUGUUAAGAUGGCUAAAAAGUAUCUCAAAAUGCCGCCUGUACUGAAUGUACGGGAACCAAUUGAUGAUGUAUUAGCUGAAGACAGGAUAAUUGAUGGAUCUGAGCCUUAUAAAUAUGUUUUUACUGAUUUAACAUAUGACAUCCCACACAAUGAGCGAUUCAUUGUGGUUCGAGAAACAAAUGGAGUAUUACGCAAGGCCACUUGGGAAGAACGGGACAGGAUGAUACAGAUCUAUUUCCCAAAAGAAGGCCGUAAAAUUGUGCCUUCAUCUAUAUUCAGUGAUAAAAAUAGUGCAAUGACUAUGUUUCUUCAGGACCGACAUGAAGAACUCCUUGAUCGCUGCCUUCUGCAGUUUGAGCCAGAUUCAGCGGACUAUAUCAGAAUUCAUCAUGAGACAUACGAGGAUAUUGAUAAAAAUGGAAAAUAUGAUCUGCUGCGUUCAACAAAAUAUUUUGGUGGGAUGGUCUGGUAUCUUGUAAGUAGAAAGAAAACAGAAGGAUUGCUGCUGGACAUGAUUCAAAGAAAUUUGUUUGAAGAUGCUAUAAGUUUAAUUAGCCUUUAUCAUAUGCUCCAUCCUGACUGUGAAUCAGCAAGAGAGGCACAAGAACAAGAUAUCAAAGGGAUAGAUUUAAUUAAGGCAUUUGCAAAGGCAGAAACAUCAAGAGCUAGCUACAUUGAACUUAUCCUACAGGCUUAUCAAGCACUUUCGCAUAAGUCUGCAGCUUCACAAAAUGACUAGAUCAAUAAAAUCAUUUAAUG